AGUCUUCUCUCUCAGCUCAGUCUACUUAUACCUGGUUGAGGAGGGAAAUAGAAGACAGUUUCCUCAGCUCUGACUGGGUAAGUCUGCAUUUUAAAAAACUCUUACAUUGUCUGCAAAGUUUCAGAGCCUUGGACUGAGAGUUGCCGAAAAGUCCUGUGCAUCUGUGCUGACCUACGGGGCCUCCUUGUCCAGAGCACUUUGCAUUUCAGAGGAUUGCUGUAUAACUGCUGUUUUGGUGAAGAUAUUCCUGAAGAAUUGUCCAAAGUUCCCUCUGCAAAAAUGGCCAAGCUGACAGCUGUUCCUCUCAGUGCACUUGUUGAUGAGCCCGUGCACAUCCGGGUCACAGGCCUGGCCCCUUUACAGGUGGUGUGCCUUCAGGCAUCACUGAAAGAUGAGAAGGGAAUCCUGUUUAGUUCUCAGGCCUUCUACAGGGCCAAUGAAGUGGGUGAGGUAGAUCUGGAGCGUGAUUCCUCACUUGGAGGAGACUAUAUGGGGGUCCACCCUAUGGGUCUUUUCUGGUCCUUGAAACCUGAAAAGCUAUUGAGUAGAUUGUCAAAAAGAGAUGUGACUAGCCCCCACAAAAUCCACAUAAAACUUUGCCACCCAUACUUUCCAGUACAAGGCAAAGUCAUCAGUUCUUCAUUGGAUAGCUUGAUUCUGGAAAGGUGGUAUGUGGCACCUGAUAUCACAAGGAUCCAGGUAAAGGAAGGCCGCAUCCGGGGAGCCCUGUUUCUGCCUCCAGGAGAAGGUCCUUUCCCAGGGGUCGUUGACUUGUUUGGAGGUACUGGUGGACUGAUUGAGUUCCGGGCCAGCCUCCUGGCCAGUCAUGGCUUUGCCGCCUUAGCUCUGGCUUACUGGGGCUAUGAUGACCUGCCCUCUCAACUGGAGAAGGUAGAUCUAGAGUAUUUUGAAGAAGGUGUAGAGUUUCUCCUGAGACAUCCUAAGGUCCUGGGCCCAGGUGUUGGCAUCACUUCCGUAUGCAUUGGAGCAGAGAUUGGCCUGUCUAUUGCUAUUAACCUAAAACAAAUAACAGCCACUGUACUUAUAAAUGGGCCUAAUUUUGUUACUAGCAGUCCACAUGUAUAUCGUGGUCAGGUCAACCCACCUACACCCUGCAAUGAAGAAUUUGUUAUCACCAAUGCCUUUGGACUUGUAGAGUUUUAUCGCACCUAUGAGGAGACUGCAGAUAAGGAUAGCAAAUAUUGUCUUCCCAUUGAAAAAGCUCAAGGGCAUUUCCUUUUUGUGGUGGGAGAAGAUGAUAAGAAUCUCAACAGCAAAGUGCAUGCUGAUCAAGCCACAGCACAGCUGAUGAAAAGUGGGAAGAAGAAUUGGACUCUGCUAUCUUACCCUGGGGCAGGUCACCUGAUUGAGCCUCCCUACUCCCCACUGUGCCGAGCCUCAAGGAUACCCUAUGUGAUUCCAAGCGUCCACUGGGGAGGAGAGGUUAUCCCACAUGCGGCCGCACAGGAGCAUUGUUGGAAGGAGAUACAGAAAUUUCUCAAGCAGCAUCUCAUUCCAGAUAUGAGCAGUCAGCUCUGAGUGGGCUUGAUUCUAUUACUGGAAAGUGGAGCUGGGCAUCUCCUGGCCAGCACCACUCCUCACUUCCAUAGAGGAAUGUCUUUGAUCUCUUACCAGAUAAAGAAGGAGAGUAACACAAGAAAAUACAGGAGAACAGAGAGUGAUAACCUCUUGACUUUGGAAGGGGAAACAUGUUUUCCAUGGAAUGAAAUGUCAUGCAGUGAGAGCCUUAUAUCUGUAUAAAUAAGAUCUUAGGCCUUUCGUAAAAUGUUCAACAUCAUAGCAACUUUCUGUAAUGAUAAUUAUCAAGGAAAUUAUCAGUGAUAAUUCAAAGAAUACUUUGGUUUAUAAAAGGAACAUGAAAAGAAUUAUAUAUUGUCACUUACUAAUUUUUUUAAAACUCACAUUAAAUAUGCUUAGUUCA